AUGAGUUCACAUUCAGAGAGUGAAGAAAGUAAAAGCUGAUGUUGCCAGCAGGCCCCAGCACUGAAGGGCAGAAGCGAGGAUGAUUCUCUCCAUGGAAUUAAAUGAGAAGCAGCAGCUAGGCCCCCUAGGGUGUGUGAGGCACAGCCAUGGCCUUGUGGUGUUGCAUCUGCUCUCCAUCGUGCUCCUGGCUGGGCUUCUGGUGACUGUUCUCAUUCAAGGUUUUAAGGAUCCAAGCUCAUCAGUGAAUGAAAAAAUCUACAAGCAACUGAUGCAACUGGGGAUUGGAGUGGACAGCCUUUGCCGUCCUUGCCCUUGGGAAUGGACAUUCUUCCACGGAAGAUGUUAUUACUUCUCCAAAUCCCAGCGUAACUGGAAUGAUUCUGUUGCUGCUUGCCAGGAAGUGGAUGCUCAACUAGUCACUGUUGAGAGUGACGAAGAACAGACAUUCCUGGAUACGUUCUUAAAGAAUAAAGGACCUGCCUGGAUGGGUCUCUCAGACUUGAAACAGGAAAGCACGUGGCAGUGGGUAGAUGGCUCACCUUUGUCAGACAGUUUCAGGAAGUAUUGGAUAAAAGGGGAACCUAACAACCAGGGAAAUGAAGACUGUGCAGAGCUCAGAGAAGACGGCUGGAAUGACAACAAAUGUGACAACAAGAAAUUCUGGAUCUGCAAAAAACCUGAAACGUCCUGCUCUAGCAAAUGAUGACAAACUCCCUCCAUUGCCCCCACAGUCCCAAACCCCUGCCAGAUAGUAGAACUUUACCCAUAGCAAUUCCAGUUUAUUCUACUUGUCUGUGGCCAUUGAUAUCUUGACCAGAUCUGUGAGACAUUUCUCUGGCAGGUACCUUGUCCCCUGCAUUGCUCCUGGACCAGCAUGUUUCCUUGACCUCUGCUGUAUAGUCUUCUGAUGUCUGCAGGGUCUCGUUGGGUUAGUGGUUGUGGCACUGUUCCACUGUUGCUGCUUAAUGAAAUGAACAGACAUGAUGUGUAUACAGGUCCUUAAAUGAGUUCCUUUCAUCCCCUCUGUCUUCCUUUCUGAGGUCAGACAGUGCAUUACCAUGCAUGAUUGAUGACACAUCUUAUGUGGCUUCAUAGCAUUUCUGAGUACUUUACUCCCAUCUACUAAAUUUUCAUCCAUCCACCCUGCACACAUUUCUAUGGGAGCCUUCUCAGAUUUCAGGAGCUCAACCCAUAGGCCAAAAGCUAAAAAGAACCAAUUCCUUACUUCUGAGUCAUGAUCUGAAAUUAUUGUGUUAAUACCCUGGCUCCAUCUCCACCCCUUUGUGGACAUGGUGAGCCUCAAUGUUAUAGACCCUGAGAUUGACCUCCCAAAUAUUUAUUGAAUCUUCUCAUUGACAAUUUUUAUACGUAUGUAUAUAUAAAUAUAAGUAUAAAGCAACUCUGAUUAUUGCCAUCCUUCACCCAUCGUGAAUCCCUCUUUUUUAACUGCUUCUUUUCUCCUUUUAUGAACUUUUGUUUGGUUCUUGACCCACUGAAUUUAACCAGGGCCAUCUUCUGACCAUGGGUUUGAAACUGUCCAGUGGAGACUUGUACGCUCAUCAUCAAGUAAAAACAAUGGAUAUCCCUCUCCAAAAAUCCUUCAGUAGCCAAUAAUUUAACAGAGAGUGAAAGGACCCUGUGAGUUCCUCUCUGAUCCAUAACUGACUGUUGGGAGGCCAGACUUUGUGCAGCCUCAGCCACUGUGAGAUCACAUCUGAACCUAAGAGCAAAAUCAAAAACAAAAAACAGAAUUUCACAGUUCUUCUCCAGCUUUUCUAUAUUUCCAACACCUCUUUCCUAUCAUUCCGUGAAAUCUUCUUUCUUGGAGGAGGAACACAGUGCUCCAGGUCUUGGAAAUUCUUCUCCCCUUUCCUUAACUGUCCCAGAUCACUGCAUCAUCUGCCUUCUCUGAGGUCAGACUUCCUGGUGAAGCUCACAUAGAGGAGAUACAACCAUGUUAGGGUUAGCAUGGGACAACUAUACAGGAUUCUUCAGGUUCCAUAGCCCCCCAUGAAGUCACCUGUAUCUACUUUCAGACCUACGUUUGUAGACCUGUCCUUCUGCUAGUUUUGCUUUUAUUUUACAAAAUAAUUGAAAAUGGGUUGUUGUCUAUGUUACUAAGUGAUGGUUUUCUUUUCUUAUUUACAAUUCAUACCAUUGUACACUGUUGCAUUUAUGCCAUUGAGUGACUUGGUCUAGAACAGAAAAUCUCAGCAUGGGUCCAGGCACCAAGAAAGCCAAAGAGGUGAUUAAAGUCUAGAAUGUUCGUCCACAUACACCACCACCCAGGCAUGUAGAGACUGAACUUUGUCAAUCUCUAAGCCAUAAAAAAACACAUUUUGAUAGACAUCACUUUCUCCACUAGGAUGACCACAAAAAAAUUUGAAUUUAUGAUUGAAUACUAACAUUUAUCUCAGAUAAGUCAAACUUCAACAUGUAGUAUACCUCAGAGACACUUUCCACAGUAACUCUCAGGAGCUCCUGGUUCUCUCCCUCCCUCGCUCCUUCCUUCCCUUCUUCCCUCUCUCUCUCUCUU